CAUUCUGUCGUGACAUCCACUCAAGCACUGUCUGAAGAUGGGAUCAGUUGGCAGUGUAGAGAGAGAAAAUUUUUAGAGAGAGAAUCUCACUGAGAAAGUUUGAGAAAUUUUGGAUCUCUUUACGUAUUUGCCUGAUAGUGCUGCUGUCUUCAUGCCUACUCAAGAUUGGGUGAUGCUGAGGAUUCUUGAAGAACUUUUGAGGGCAGCAGUCUCACUUUGUGACCCUGCACGGUGCUCUUUGGAGUUUAUGGAAGGAAUGGAAUAUGAAGAUGUUUGAGGGGAACAAAGCCCCAGUCCCUAAGUUAAAACAAUUGCAGUAACUUGGAUUCACUUUAUUGCUUGUGAAGCAUCAUACUAUAUGAGAUUUAGAAGAAAGCAGGUCUGAGUUUAUUGGUGAUUAGAUACUUCUGAAAAUCAGUUUUCAUAUCAGGAGACAGGGGGCAAAGAAAUUCGAAUAUUUUGCAUUCUUCUGCAUAUUGUAUUAGUUUCUUCUUUUGAUUCAUUAUGUGGCCUUGGAUGAUCGUUGAAUCCUUUUCUUCCUUUCUCAUUUCAAGCAUGUGGAUCAUCAGGACCAUAUGAUAAUACCACUUCUAAUUUCUUGUUUCUUUGGAAUGGGAAAUAUUGGUGAGAUUCAGUGAAAAGUGUCAUAGAAAAAUGGUUUAGUAACCCCAAGGCAAAGAAGAAACAUUUGAAUCAACAGUUUUGAUUGAUGUGAUGGGUAAUGAAAAUCACCUACAGCCAAUUAAUGUUGGAAAAAGCCAUGAAGGUCACCCCUAUAUUGAAAAUGAGGAAUCGGGGGUGUGCUCUACACGUCACAGUAUAGAUAAAGAAGCAGGCUUGGCAACCUGUCGGGUAUGCCAAUGUGCUGAAUCUGACAGAAGGGGAGAGGCUGCAUUGGGAUUUUUGGGUAUCACUCCUCCAGUACAAGAAGCUCGAAAAAGUGAUGAACUCAUCAAGACUAAUAGCAAGGAAGUCCUGAAAGAAGCUGAAGAUUAUGCUUCCCCUACCAAAAAUGGUAGAAGAGAAUCUGAUUUUGUUGAGUUUGUAAGCCCUCAAGGGGAAGUUUUCAUUUGUAAUACUGAUAUAGAAAUGGGUUCAUGCCAUCAUCAAGAUACAUUAAUUGAGCUUGGUUGUUCUUGCAAAAAUGAUCUUGCCCUAGUUCACUAUGCCUGUGCACUCAAAUGGUUUGUUAACCAUGGAUCUACUAUUUGUGAAAUCUGUGGAUGCAUUGCAAAAAAUGUCAGAACUUCUGACUUCAAAAAAGUUGUUGGUUCUUUGAAGGAGUAUGAAGCUUUAAGGGAAAGGACUGCUAGCGGGGAACCUGUUGUCCAGGUGCGGACAAAUUUAGGUGUAGAUCCUGAUGCUGUUGCAGCAAUUCAAAGGCAAAGGCUAAGUGAGAUAUCACUGUGGUUUAAUCCACAUAACAAUAACAAUAACAAUAACAAUUCUGCUGUAGCUUCACAGGUUGUCUCGGAACAACAUUUGAAUAUUGUCGCAGAAGAUUUUGUUCCUGCUGAAAAUCCUGCAACCAAAUGGGCUGUGGAAGGUACCGGAAUUCUGCUUGCUACAGGGCUACUUACUGUUACUCUUGCAUGGCUCAUUGCUCCUCGUGUUGGAAAGAAAACUGCAAAAAGUGGUCUUCAUAUUCUUCUUGGAGGCAUUUGUGCUUUAACAGUUGUGGUCUUCUUUCGCUUUAUUGUGCUAACCAGAAUCAAGUAUGGGCCUGCUCGGUACUGGGCUAUCUUGUUUGUCUUCUGGUUUCUUGUGUUUGGUAUAUGGGCUUCACGAACACAUGGUGCUCAUACUACAUGACUGUUGUUAUAUUGUUCAUGCAUAUAAGUCCGGUUUUUGUUCUGCUAAAUAAUUAUUCUUUUCCAAUGGGAGCUUCUGUAGAACUUCAUCAUGAUGCCAUUCAUGACUAAAUUUGGUAGGCUUUAUCAUGUGUGACUUGAAUGUAAAGGAGGUGCAGGGGCCAUUUAAACAUGAUGUACGAUUUAUCAUUUGAAACUGGCCCUUAGAGGGUAAUAUUGUUUUUGUCUAACAGUUUUUGUUAGCCUAUUUUGUAUAUAUCCUUGUAUUAUUGUGGUCGUGUCA